AUGGCCUCUUACAGUCGGCAAGAUCGAGCGCUGAUGCGGCAGCGAGGUGCUGGAUCGCGCGCUGUCCCGACUGCUGACUUUGGCAUUAAUUUUGGGUUGGGUGACAACAGGCUGGAGCGUCAACAAAUGCGACAGAGGGGCGCCGGGUCUCGCAAGAUUGACAAUGUCGACUUUGGUAUUUCUUUUCCUACUCUGGCGCAGCGUACGCACACCAAGACACCACAGCCUCGAAGGUCGACUUCGCGCCAGCCAUCAAAUACGCCGGCCAGACAUGGACAAUCAUCGACGUCCACAAGAUCGACCAGACGAUAUUCAAGCAGACUGAACUCCGCUCAACCUUCAGCACCUGCGCCUGAGCCGCAGUCACUAAAAAUAAAUGAUGAACAUAGAGAAGCAAGCACUCGCUCUAGCAAAAGAAGGAAAUUAUCCCCAGCCGUUGUUACGCCGACUCCACAACCUCUACCAGAGAUCGUUAAGCCGACGCCCACGAGACGAGCUUCACAGAGGAGAAGUUCCACCCGACCAUUCACGAUUGCGGAGGGCAAUGACGUCCAAGUGUCUCACUCCAUAAGCCAGGCAGAGGCACACUCUCAGACAUCCCCAUUGUUCGUUCCACAGCCUAAGCACGAGAAGGAGAACGAGACGCCUAACAGUAAUACCCCGAAGCCAAACCGUGAGGAUUCGGGCCUACAGACCACAAAAAGCGGACGAAUUCUGCUUGCGCUGUCUGCUGUGGAGGAAGAUAUCGAUGAAUCUGCUUCUGAAGCCCUACUCGUAGAGGCUGAAGACACGCGUCAACAAUUACUGCAUGAUGAUAAACCACUAGACUUGGACGAGCACGGCUCUUCCAAGCAGCAAAAGCGGAAGAAAAGAAGGUCCCUCACCUUAAAGCGCAAGAGACGUCGUUCGUCUUCUCACAGUCAGGCUGUGGAUGCGUCGAAGGAGAAGUCGCCUGCUGUUACUUCUGAAACGCCAGCUGAGGAAACUCGAUUACCUAGGGCUAAGCUUCUGGCAGAUCGGAUUACCAAGUAUAGCAAACUUGGGAGCAAAAGGAAUAUAAGAGCAGCAACUCCAGCCUCUGAUCGCGAACAAACACCUGACAAAGGAGAGGAGGACGAUGACUCGUACGUUGAACAAAGCUCUCCUGAAGUCGAGACGCCUGCUGCAAGUACGAAAGGCAAGAGAAAGACUCGCCGACAGAGCUCCCGAGAAAGCCCAGCGGAAGUCUCCAAAGGCGACAAAACCGUGACUACCUUUCCCAUUCUCACGCACCGGCUGUCUGGCUUCUCGAUAUUGCCGACUAUCCACGAAGACGACAAAGCUUCAAUGGGGAAUGCACUCCUGGCAAGCGAUCGGGCUCAACCCAACGUGGUAGACGUGCUGGCCCAGAUUUGUCGCGAAACAAUUUCAAACGUGAUUGACCGCAUAGCUGAAGUUACGCAGCCCAAUAAAAGGACAUCGCUGAACAACAAGCGAAGCGCUCUCGAAGCCUUCGGAAAAGACCUUGAUGAUGAAUUGUUUGCAAUGUCUGAGGCCGUAGAGAAUCGCUUCAACCUGGAAGCCCGUGUUCGGAAGGCUAAGCGGGAGAAAGCAGCUCUACAAGCAGAGUACAUCGAGCUAAGGAGGGAGCGCGAACAGGUUGCCUUGAAAUGUGACGCCCUCAGACGACGACAUUGGCAGUGCGAAGAGUCUACGCGAGCAAAAUGGACGCUCAGUGAAGCUGCCAUGCGCGUGGAGCAGGAGAUGGACAGAAGUUCAGAUGUCGAAGAUGAAGGUAUUGAGUUCCUCAUCAGAGACGUUACAACAUCGAUCAGCAGUGUCUCGGGACAAGGCAUUUUGGACAGGGUCGUGUCGUUCAAUGCUCAGUUGGAGAACAUGGCAUUGUUUUUAGAAAGAAGAAAUGGUUGA